AUUCAACCCCACCUGCCAACAAUCUCGCCCUCUACUUGAGAACAUCUGACAGGUGUCGAUAUUUGCUGCCAUCCACCCUAAAACCAGUCUACCGAACCAAGAAUAGCAUUAUGCCUACAGAGAUACCACAGAUGGACAUGGACUGGUACCCUCCCCGAUGGAAUGCAGCCGACAUCCCACCUCAUCUGCUCCAAUCCGGACCACCUCCAGUAGCACCAACGUCAUCAGGUCCAGAGCCAAACGAUAUUUUCAAUAGGUUAAAAUGGUCUGUACUAGAUUCUCCAUUGGACGUACAGGUCUUUGGACCGGACGACGAAGGAGUUUUGCAAUGGCGCCCACUUACCGAGGAGUCCAGCAAGUCACAGCUUGACGAGACGGCAAUGUAUCCUCCAAAAUCACGCCUGGAAAUCACGAUUGAACCACUGCAAAGCUGGUGGCACUGGCACGAUUCGGAUACAAAGCAUCUUCGGCCAGCACAACUGCUCAUUGAGAACGCAGACGGACAGCCGAUCUCUGUUCGGCAAUUCAUCCAGGCCGUUCACGCCUAUGCGCUUCCCCUGCGCAAGCUUCUUCUGCGGUGCAUGGAUGUAACAGACCCAUCGAAUCAACAGCGCGCACGGUUCUUCUUCGACAUGAUUACGGGAGGCUCCGUGGGGGAAGUAUCCGGCCAGCAAGGAUUCGCGGUCAACGUUGUGGAGGACCCUGCGGGUGAUGGAGAGAAAUGUGCAUGGAUUUGGGAAAAUGUGGAGAUUAGGGUCAAGAAACAGUCUGCCUCUCAGUGAACUCACCCGUCCAACGACAAAGUGGAGGUCAGCUCGGGGGGCGGAUAUUCUCUAAGAACGAUAGUCUGGUUUGACUCUAUGUUGGGGCACAUGAAAGGGGAUACCACAAGGAUCAUGGAAAAAAGGCCGGACAGAUAGGAGAUAC